AACUCUUCCGGGUUGUGCCCCAUCCACGUUCCGGGUUGAAUGAGUUGGACGGCAUGGCUCAAGAAAACACCUCACUGGACGUAUGGCCAGAAAUAGAAAAGGCAGAAAAGGAAAACAGACGUGAGCUGGUACUUCAAGGCUCAGCGGUUGACAAAAAGAUCCAGAGCUGCAGCGGAAUUCACCCGCGGCUUUAUUGCCUCGCGCUCCUAAACUACUUGGAGAUCAGUCAGUGUCCCAGUCUACAUGAGGUCAAUGAAAGCAUCAGACAACUGUCUCAUCUGCAGAGCCUGAUCCUCUGCAGGAACAAACUCACGUCAGUCCCAAAGAGCAUCGGCGAGCUGAAGGCGAUCAAAGUCCUGGAUUUGUCUGUCAAUCAGCUGCAUGUUUUGCCCGAGGACAUCUGCGAGCUGAGAGAGCUAAACACUUUAAACAUAAGUUGCAACAACAUCACAGCUCUGCCGGAGGGUCUGAGCAAAUGUGUAAAGCUCGCCAGCAUCAAUGUAUCCAAAAAUGCGCUAUCACGGCUCCCCGAGGACUUAUGGUCCUCGAAACUGGAACUACUUAGCAGCAUCAUUGCGUCCGAAAACGCGAUAGAGGAUCUGAGCAGUGAGGUUCAUAACCUGUCAGCUCUUAAGGUUUUGGAUCUCUCCAGUAACAAGCUCCAGGAGCUCCCAUCUGAGCUGGCCAAUUGCCCCAAGCUGAAGGAGAUCAAUUUUAAAGGCAACAAGCUGAAGGACAAGAGGCUUGAGAAGAUGGUGAACGGCUGCCAGACCAAAUCAGUGCUGGACUACCUGAGGGCAGGUGGAAGGGGGAAAGGAAAAGGCAAGCAGCAGGACGGAGAGGCGGGCGAGAAGGACGACACAGGAUGCAACGUCUCCAUGAAGAAAAGUGCUGGAAAGCGGAAGGGCAAAAAAGAGGUGGAGGAAGUGGACGAGCUCAACAGGAUGGUUGUGAGAGUUUUGCAGCUAUCCGAAGCACCUUCAGUUGUUAUGGUGAAAGUUUCCCCAGGUGUUAAGGACGUCCGGCCGUACAUAGUGUGCUGCAUUGUGAAGGGCAUGAACCUCAGACAGGGAAAUGCUCUCAAGAGGUUUCUAACUGCUCAGACCAAACUUCAUGAUGACAUUUGUGCCAGAAGGACGACUGCGACCAUAGCAACUCAUGACCUGGCCUUAGUUAAGGCCCCUCUUUUGUAUGACGUCAGACCUCCAGAUACACUAAAGAUAGUUCCUUUGGGCCGAAAGGAGAUUAAGGCAGCUCAACUUUUGAAGCAACUGCAACAGGAAGCCGAUGAGCAAAGAAAACAGAAAAAACGGCAAAAUGUUUCGGGACUUCACAAAUACCUUCAACUCCUUGAUGGCAAAGAUCUUUAUCCCUGCCUGGUUGACGCAGAAGAUCAUGUGAUCUCAUUCCCACCAAUCACAAACAGUGAGAGGACGAAGAUAAAGAAGACCACAUGCGAGCUGUUCUUAGAAGUGACAAGCUCCACCAGUCUGCAAGUCUGUAAAGAUGUCAUGGACACACUGAUAACAAAAAUGGCAGAGUUAAAUAAAUUGACCUUCGAGCAGAAGGAGGGCGUGGGCUCAGAUGAAGAAGCGGAUGCAGUUUCAGAUUGUCCCGCAGAAAACCCGACAUCCCAUGAACUCGCCAUUCUUCAAGUGAAGGUUAUGGAUGUUGAUGGAAACCUUAAAGUGGUCUACCCAUCAAAAACUGACCUGAUUUCUGAAAACGGCAAUCUAACAGUCAUCCGAUAACAAAAUUCCACUGCUGAGUUCUGGACUGAAUUCGUUUUUCCAUAAAAUGUUUUGUCAUCAAACAUAACAUUAAAUGAAUAAUCAUUUUGAACUGUUCUUGUUUACACUUCCUAAUAAGGAACCUUCAAAAGUGAAAUAUACAUCUUAUACCCUGUCCACUGGGCCCUUGCUUAUUCACAGGACUGGUGUUGCAUUUUAAGGGUCUCCUUUGUAACAGUAUCCAGACACUGUUCCUAAUUGUCCCUCUGACAAUGACCUAAUUCACCUUGUCCAUACCAAAUAAUGUAACGCAAAAGAUUUUGUGUAGUUGUAACUAUCACCUCUAUAUAAUAUUAGCUCCAGUCUUCAUUUUUGUCAAUUAAAUAAAUGUGACUUGUAGA